CCAGUCAAAUGAGGAGCGUUCUUCAUUCAAACCGGUCUCGGGUCACGUGACGCGCAUCCAAACGCCCGAAACCACUCUCAAGUUAUACAGGUGACUCCUGGGUGCGCUGCUUUCACUGCGCAAGCACCGCCCGCCGGAGUGUGGGAGGGCGGACUUUAAACAACUUUCACCCUGACUGACGGGACUGGACGACGGGGAGAUGUGUUCAAUUGUACCGAGUCACCCUUAGUAGGGGUUAAAGUGCGUAUUUUAAUCUAUUUUCCCCAUCGUGUUUACAACUACCAGCGACGCGCCAACAUGAUGCGCUUCCUGCUGCUCUUCAGUCGCCAAGGCAAGCUGCGCCUGCAGAAAUGGUUCACGCCACUGCCGGAGCGUGAGAAGAAAAAAAUCAUCAGGGACAUGACCACGAUGGUGUUGGCACGGCAACCACGCUCCUGCAACUUCCUGCACUGGAAAGACCUGAAGAUCAUUUACAAGCGAUACGCAAGUUUGUACUUCUGCUUGGCCAUAGAGCAUGAAGAGAACGAGCUGCUCGCCUUGGAAGUCAUCCAUCGAUAUGUGGAGCUGCUGGAUAAAUACUUUGGCAAUGUGUGUGAGCUGGACAUCAUCUUUAACUUUGAGAAAGCCUAUUUUAUAUUGGACGAGUUCCUCAUGGGCGGGGAGAUCCAGGAGACGUCCAAGCAGAUAGUGAACCGAUCCAUUGAGGCCUCCGACAUGCUGCAGGAGGAUGGCAACAGUGAGUGGUUUGAGGUGGAGCUGUUUGGAUGACCUUGAAUAUGGACAGAAAGACCAUGGAGGAGUACAUGGCCAAACCAGCGUUUUAACAUCGUGGACGGAGGUCAAUGAAACACAAUGUGAAAUGCUUCAAAGCAAAACAAUGGCUUCUUUCAUGUUAUUUAUGAGCCAUUAACAUGUGUUCUGUUUGAAGGAAAUGUUUUUAAUUAUUAUUAAGUCAAUAUUAGGAAAUGUUCAUAUAUAGAGGUUGGAGGUAGUUUCUCAACAUUGUUAAAGUCAAAAAUCUUUCAAACUGGUUACCAUGGCGAUUGUGUGUGAUAAUUAAAAUUUUAUAAAUGUGAAAGGUUUUUUAAUAAACUUG